AUGGCGCUGCUCGGCCAGUCGAUUCCAAUUUCUUUUAGCAAAACUUCGUUUAACAAAUUAUAUGUUAAUGGGAAGUACAUAGAGUCAAAUUCUACAGAUACGUUGUCGCUGCUCAAUCCAAAAGACAGCACAUUGGUUGCAGAGAAGAUACCUAUUGCCGAUAAGGUGGACGUUGACGCUGCCGUAAAAUACGCCGAAGCAGCUUUCAAUGGCCCAUGGGCUACUUUUACCUCAUCACAGCGGUCAGAGUGUUUUAGAAAGCUGGCCGAUAUCCUGGAGACAAGACUGCCUGACAUUUUGCAUCUUGACUCUCUUACAACGGGAAAUCCCAUCUCCCUAAUCCCUACCAGAGAAAAGAACUAUAUUAAAAAUUGUCUUUUGUACUACGCUGGUUGGACCGAUAAGUUACGGGGUGACUACUUUCCAGCUGAUGAUGGAUUCGUGAAACUCGUUCGGCAAGAGCCUCUUGGUGUAUGCGUUGCCAUCAACCCAUAUAAUUCUCCUGUAGCAUCCCUGUUUAUCAAGGCUGCACCAUGUUUAGCAACAGGAAACGUUCUCAUUGUGAAGCCUUCAGAGAAAAGUCCACUAGGCUCUCUCGCUGUUGCUCCACUGUUUGAAGAAGCUGGCUUCCCGCCUGGCGUUGUUCAAGUUCUUCCAGGUGAUGGUAAGACUGGCGCGUUGCUAGCUGAGCACAUGCGUGUACGAAAAAUUAGCUUUACCGGCUCAGUCGCUACGGGUAAGAAGAUACAAAUUGCAGCUGCGCAGAGUAACCUGAAACGGGUAACAUUGGAGCUUGGAGGCAAAAGUCCAGCAGUCAUAUUUGAAGACGCAGACAUCGACAAUGCAGUUAUUUGGACCAUCAAUGGCAUCUUAGCUCGAACAGGCCAAGUAUGCGUCGCCGCCUCUCGAGUUUACGUGCAAAAAUCGAUAUCCGAGAAAUUUAUUUCUCAAUAUGUUGAACGGAUGAGAGCAGCGGCACUUGGUAUAGGGGACCCUCAAGACCCAGAUACAAGAUACGGUCCUUUGGCCGACUCAGCGGCAUUCGAAAAAGUUCGCGCCAUGAUUUCUCGAGGAAAGGAAGAAGCAGAGCUGGUGGUAGGCGGCAAUCAAAUCGGAACUAAAGGGUGUUUCAUAGAGCCAACUGUGUUUCUCAAUCCGAAGCCGGAUGCAGAGAUCUACAGGAACGAAGUAUUUGGCCCAGUCGUUGUCGUUAAGACAUUUGACACUGAAGAGGAAGUGAUUGAGGCUGCAAACGACACAGAAUAUGGCUUAAUGGCGGGUGUCUUUACCAAAGAUAUUAAUCGGGCCCUGAGAGUCUCAGCUCGAAUUGACUCCGGAGUUGUGGGAGUCAAUUGUGUGAGCAUGAUGCAUAUACAAGCUCCAUUUGGAGGAAAGAAGGCAUCUGGGAUCGGUAGGGAAUUUGGAGAAUACGCGCUGCGAGCUUUCACGGAGCCAAAGACUAUUUUGAUCAAGUAA